GUCUUGGACAAAGGCCAGACAGCGCCAUUGCAGCCGACCGAUACGCGUCAGUUUAGUUUGCAGCCGACACCUCGAGCGCAAUCGAGCUCUGGCGUGCGGAACUCGUCUGUCGUGAGUGCUCCGGCCGUUGGCGACCGCAUUUCCAGCACCAAGCGCGAUGCCGUACGAGGUGCAGCGUCCAAACGACCUCGCAAGCCCGAGGCGGGAAGCUCCUCGGUCAAGCUGGGACCACCGACGCGGCCGCAAUCGGCACGUCACAAGCCCACAGCGUCCUUUCUCCCAGCACCCGAGUCGGUCAAGAUACAGAUCGCAACCGCGCGACGGGCCGAGACCGACGCCACUCCACCGACAGGAUGA